ACUCACAACAACUCACAACAACACUCACAACAACUCACAACACUCACAAUAACUCACAACAACAGUACUCACAACAACACUAAGAUUAACACCACUAACAACAUUAACAACGUAAAUAUUAAAAGCAAGCAACACGAACACAACAACAGACAUGGCGUCACGGCUGGCGGAGGAGAUGGCGCUGAGCCAACAGCACGAGGAGAUCCUGGCGCGCCGGGAGGUCGCGCUGAGGGCCGCGGAGCGCCUCGCCGACUCCCGCGCCCAGGGCCUUCCCCGUGUCCUCGAGGCGGCCGAGGCGGCGGCGGCCAAGAGGAGCGCCAUGCUGCAGGCUGUGGACGCAGCAGAGCAUCGUCUGAAGACGCGCAUUGACGCUUCGUCCCGCGCAGACAUCCUCACCCAGCAGGUGAGCACGUGCGAGUGCAGGUACUGGGCGUCGGUGGAGCGCCUCCUGCCGGAUUGGGAAGGCGUCCUGCACAGGCCCGACGAGGCCUCCACUCAGCCUGAGAGCGAUGCCCCCGCCCCACAGGGCAACGCUUGACCCUCCACACAGCCCGACACUGGACCCCCCCACCAACCACAACAAUAAACAAAAACAUUUCAUGUACAUUUGGCAUUCGCGACAUUCUGAUAGCACGAAGGCGAUCCACAAGCGCACUAUGUUCCACAGACGAAGUCUGCGCUCGGCAUCAGCGACGUGAUUUUCCCCAAUGAAAUCAUUUGCAGGUAAAUUAGUAUAUAAACGUGACAUUUUACUUACAACUUGGUACUCUGGAUAGUAUCCGCAGGUCGUCGGUUUUAUCUCCCAGCGUGGCAGAUGAAACUGUGAUCACGUUUCUGAAAUCACACCCCGCCACCUCUGUUCCAGGCAGCAGCUUAAAUAGGGACCACCCCACCACCGUGGGUGGUGGAUCGGCAGGCAGGUGACGCAUGGUGGGAUCAAGUGUGGGCGAUUCCCACCUCUCUCUUCCAAGAUGUCCUGCCAAGUGUGGACAAGUCGUCCAGAUGCCGUCAAGGGGAGACCUCGAGCGUUCGUUCUGGUGGCAGCCCCUUGCACGAGCGAGCAAUGCAGUGUGCAAGCAAUUGCAGGGCUUGACCUUCACCGUUUACUCUUUGGGUAGGAAAACCAUUUGCCCCCCCGCCCCGCCUCUAGCUGGCUGUGCCACUCGCUUGCGCCCUACCACCGCCCCCCCCCCCCACUUUCGCACGGUCGCAGCACUGACCACCAAGCCGCCAGGUGUGAUGAAAUAGAAUGUUCCUUUAUUGUGAACAUGUUUAAACACGCUCAUAAAUAUGGCUAGAUUAUGAAGAUGCUUAAUUACAAACUGGAAAAAAGUUAUAGCGAGUUUCGUCGAUAAUAAAAAAAAGAAAGAACGUGAACGUUGAGAAGACGCGAACGACGACGCGGGCCGGGCAUUCACAGGAGUGGAAUGGAGUUGGUUUACGUUUUGAUUAUUGCACGAGAAAACACGAGACCACCCUGCCCCUAGGUCCCACCGCCCCGAUUCCCCCCCCCCCAACCCACGAAAACCCCUGUCCCUGGGUUCUGGUAACCCCUGAUUAAACCCUCGCCCUGUCCCCGAACCCACAAAUCCCUCCCUGAUUGCCCAGGACCUCUGGGUGUAUGAGAGAGCGUUUUUUUUGCGAGCGACCGAGUGGUUCAUGUGAACACCACUGCAAUCACGAAGCAGGAGGCUCCAGGCCAGCGCCUCCUUACCCCCAAUCCCCCCCCCGCCUCCCAGAGGCACUUCUUCUUGAGUUUCCCUUUGUUCCUGGUCACGUGCAGAGCGAGCUCAAUUUGUUAACGAGCCCAGAGAAGCCUACACAAGAGGCCUACUGCGGCUGCACAAGGCAGCAGAGUGAGUGAUUCCCUCCUCCCAGCCCCAGUGAUUUGUUCAGGUAGGCAACCUCAGCUCACGCAUCUUGGCACGUAUGCAUGGCAGUGUGUGCGAGCGUGUUGGGUGGUGCGUUUGUUGGCACAGUGGGAGCACGGGUGGUGCAUCUAUCAGUCAUCACAGUCAACCCAUGAUAUCUGGGUCUGUCCUGUGACCUGUGGGUGAACCCCUCACAUUUUACGUGGUCUCCCAACCUAUAGGGUGUGUGUGUAGCAACGUGUGUAUAUAUCAUGAUGUGUGUGUAUAUAUCAAGAAAUGUGUGUGUAUCACGGUGUGUGCACCCGUGUGUGUAUCGGGGUGUGUGUAUGUAUCAUAGGCAGCUCCUGUCCCGGUGCACACACCAGCUGCCUGUUUCCUCAUGGCCGCUUGUGUUCGUCCACUAACAGUGGCUUUAUUUUGUAAACGUGAAACAACUGUGUGGACUCACGCUUUUGUUUCGAGACUCUGAACAAAAUAGCAUGAAU